CUGGGCAUGUCAUCUCCCCAUCUAUCCACGCCAUUUACUCUUUCUUCUAAACUCCUCGAGCUAAAGCUAAGUUUUCCACGUACACCUAAUUGGAAUCUACUUGAAUCUUCAGCCUCUGAUUCUGCUUGAGCUGUGAUGGGGGAUCAUGAACGUCACAAGGAAGAGGAGAAGGAGGAGUCUCUGAUGGAAAAAAUCGUCGACAAAAUUCAUAAUCGCGAUUCGUCGGCGUCGUCCUCUGAUUCCGGUGACGAGAAGAAGAAGACGAAGUCGUUGAAAGAAAAAGUCUACCGCCUCUUCGGCCGGGAGAAGCCUGUUCACAAAGUCUUUGGCGGCGGCAAACCUGCUGAUGUUUUCCUAUGGAGGAACAAGAAGGUUUCAGCUGGAGUGCUUGGUGGAGCUACUGCUGCUUAUGUCUUGUUUGAUAUCCUCGAGUACCAUUUUCUCACGUUGCUCUGUCAUGGAUUGAUGCUUGGCCUCGUGGGUCUCUUCUUGUGGUCGAGCGCGAACACCUUCAUAAAGAAAUCUGCACCGCAUAUCCCUCAAGUGAUUAUCCCAGAGGAGCCUGUAAUGAAGUGUGCCUCUGCACUGCGGAUUGAAAUUAAUCGAGGCUUUGCAGUUCUGAGGGACAUUGCAUCUGGAAAGGAUUUGAAGAAGUUCCUAUCGGUUGUUGCUGGCUUGUGGGUUCUAUCCUUGGUGGGUGAUUGCUGCGACUUCUUGACACUUCUUUACACAGUUACUGUAAUGGCAUUCAGCGUGCCUAUCUUGUACGAGAAGUAUGAGGACAAGGUGAACUUUUAUGGUGAGAAGGCCUUGGCUGAGUUCAAGAAACAGUAUGCAGUAUUUGAUGCUAAAGUUUUGAGCAAGAUUCCGAGGGCGCUGAAAGAUAAGAAGAAGGACUGAAGAGGAUUGAUGGCUUUAGUAGUGGAGAUAGCUGAAACGAAAAUAAGCCCAUUGAAUUUGAAACCAGUAAGAUCUCGAGAUAUAAUCUUUGGAAAUGAAAAAUGCGUUGAAGUUAACCAUGCCUGGGGCUGUGUUGUGUAUUUGUGCAUUACAACAGCGACGUACGAAGGCAGUAGCUUGGCUGUGGUCGCGUCAUCUUGUAUGGAGAGGUGCCGGUGCAUGGUGUGUUAUUGCUGCUCGUGGCUGUGUGGUGGAUCUCUAUGGUACUGUGAUUAAACGAAGGCCGACAAGAUCUCUGGUGGUCUGGCUUCUCGACGUCUCUACCUUUCAAAGUUUCUCUCCCCUCUCUUAAAGUCGACGUUGGCUGAGGUUCUUUAAUUGUGUUUCGAUUGCUCUUCCGUUCUUCAAUCCUUUGAGGAUUGAUAUUUCUGUUGGUUUAGUUAUAUUGGUAGAUUACUCUAAAGAUUUCGUCAAUUAAGGUUUCAAGAUUGGAUAUUUGGUCAUCUGUGACUGUGGUAUGUGCUAAGACAUAAAUUUGUUGAUCAUCUUCGGAGAUGAGAUGAAGGAUGAAUUUUAUUGUUGACUCUAGCUAAAA